AUGAUGAAGCUGCUUCUUUCUCUGACUCUCAUCUGGGUGCUCUCCAGCACAGGUGAAGCACUUGUGUGUGAAACUUGUACAGAUGUUACCUGUUCAACCACAGCAGCAGCUACAUGUCCCACAGGCACGAUGUGUAUCACAGCUUCUAUUCAAGCCGUUUCAUCUGGGACUCCUGGACAGCAAAUCUACAAGGCCUGUACCCCCCCCUCCCUGUGUCCAGCCACAGGCUCUCAGACAUUUUCAGUGAACUUGGGUGUUUCCAGUUCACUUGCAAGUGCUACAUGCUGCAACACAGACAACUGCAACUCUGUCACUCUGCCUUUCCCUGUGGUUCCAGCAGUUAACAGUCUACAGUGUCACGUCUGUGACCCCAUGACCUCUGAUUGCAGCUCUUCAGUACAAUGUAAGGGAACAGAGGAUCUCUGCUUUGAAGCUGUUGUGACAAAUACAGGCGGCACUUCUCCAGCUUUUGGCUGUGCAUCUACAAAUCUGUGUGCAGCUGCUGCCAGCCUGGGGUCACUGCCUUUCAUGCAAAGUGUUGGUGCCAUUACCAGUGGACCAGCCUGUUGUGGGACUAGUUUGUGUAACACUCUAACAACCACAGUCAGUGAUGCCUGUUGUGUCAGAAUGGGAAUGCUGCAUCUGCUGAUUGGACUCCUCAUUUUCAUCCUGUUUUAGAUUUCAGAACAAAAAUGGAUGAAACUCUGAAUCCACUGGAAGGACUCUCAGAGAACAUUAAGUAGUCUGGUCUUUGGUUUACUUGCUGCUAUCUUUGAUUGGUAAUAACACAGAUUUUAAAAUACAUAUUUAAAAGAGGGAGAGGGUCUGGGUGAAGUUAAAAUGAGCUUAGUCAGCACCAAUGAUAGACACACGCACUCAAAACUUAAAUUUUACUUUUUUUCAGUUUGUUAGCCUUGAUUUAAGUGACACAUAAAGAGUUUCACAGGAACAUAGUCACUGGGAAUUUUGAUUAUGACACAAAUUGGGCUUGCACAUUAGAUUGAGGCCACAAAAGAUGGAAAUGAUAAUAAGUGUGUUAAAAUAUUUACU